CUGUCUCUCCACAGCUCCCAGUUGUCAACCAAACAGCCACUAUGAUGUGUGUGCUGCUGGAUGUCCCCAGACUUGCAGCGGCCUCUCCAAGCCCAGAGCCUGUCAGGGUGCUCCUUGCGUGGAGGGCUGCGUAUGUGACAAUGGCUUUGUCUUAAGCAAUGGCAAGUGUGUGGCAAUGGAGCGAUGUGGUUGCACGUAUGAAGGCCAGUACUACCACCUGGGGCAGAUGUUUUACCCCAAAAAACAAUGCAAUUACAGCUGCAUCUGUGGUAACCAGGGACGAGUCGCGUGCAAUGGGAGAUUCUCUUGUAGUCCAAACAGUCACUGCAGGAUCCGUAAUGGGGUUCAGGCCUGCCAUCCUGUGGGCAAAGGAUCUUGUUCUGUAUCUGGUUCUGGUACCUACCAAUCAUAUGAUGGCAAACAAAUCAAUGUGCCUGGGAACUGUAUGUACAGAAUGGUGGAAGUUAUCCGGACUAAAGACCAGAAACAGAUACAUUUCAGUGUGUCAGUGCAACAAACAUCUUCUCAUGGAAAAGUAAUAAUCACAAGGAAAGUCAACAUUGUAGUAGCUGCAUAUAACAUCACACUGAUUCCUGGUCUUCCAUGGGAAAUCAGGGUGGACCAGAUCAGAGCAGUCCUGCCUCUUGUACUUCAAAACGGCCUGGUGAAAGUCUACCAAAGUGGCUCUUUCAUUAUUUUGGAAACCAGCUUUGGACUGAGGGUGACCUAUGACACUGUCUCCACGGCCACCGUUGAAAUCCCAUCCACUUACAAAAAAGCUGUCCGAGGUCUCUGUGGCAAUUAUAACGACAAAAAGGAAGAUGACUUCCUCUUGCCAAAUGGUAAGCAGGCUCUCUCGGCUACGCAAUUUGUGAAAGGAUGGACAUUGGUUCAAGAAAAAGUAAUCUGUAAAACAGGAUGUGGCUCCAAAUGCCCACAGCCUGACAAAGGGAGUCAAACAAAGGUUGAAAAUGAUUGUAAGAUCUUAAUUUGGGAGAAAGGCCCAUUCGCUAAAUGCCAUUCCAAAGUUUCACCCAAAACAUUUUAUGAUGCUUGUGCAAAGGAUGUUGCAUCACAACUUAAAGAUAAGACCCUUCUUUGCCGCUACAUCCAGAAGUAUGUUGUUAGCUGCCAGCAAGCUGGAGUCUCCAUCAACAUCUGGAGGAAUACAACGUUUUGUCCCAUGACAUGUCCUGCCAAUAGUCACUAUGAGCUAUGUGCGGACACCUGCUCGUCCACUUGUGCCAGCCUUAUGAUGUCACACACCUGCCCAGUGUGUCUGGAGGGAUGCCAGUGUGACGAAGGCUAUGUGUUUGAUGGAGGCAAGUGUAAGCCUUUAAGUGACUGUGGUUGUCUGGUGCGUGGCAGAUACUACAAGUCUGGAGAGACGUCAGUCUUGGGGAACUGCAUAGAGGCAUGUACCUGCAAAUCUGGACAGUUUUCAUGCAAGCCCAUGCGAUGUAAAGAAGAUCAGGUCUGCCGCAAGAAGGAUGGCAUUCCUUCAUGUGUGAAUGACCCUUGCUUCAAGAAAACCUGUCGUGAGAGAGAGAGGUGUGUGGAGAAGGGCAAUAAGCCGGUGUGCACGCCCGUGUCUAAGGCGUCAUGCCGAGCUUUUGGAGACCCUCACUAUGAGACAUUCGAUGGCAGCCAGUUUUCUUUCCAGGGCACCUGCUCCUAUGUAUUGGUUAAGACAUCAGGUAACGACAAAACCCUCACACCUUUCUCCAUCAUCAACAAGAACCGGCUUGCCUCUGGAGCACGGGGUUCUUACAUGAAGUCAGCCAUCAUAAAGCUCCCAGGUCAUGAGAUUGUCAUCACUCAUGGUGAACGUAACAAAGUAACAAUUGAUGGUAAAAUAUCGUCACUCCCUGUAAAACUGAACUCCGGCAACAUCACGAUAACUAAGUCAGGUAUCACUGGAACCCUGAAGACAGACUUUGGCUUGGAGGUCACCUUUGACUGGGGUGAGUUCUUCAAGGUCACAGUGCCCAGCAGCUACUACAAAAACGUGGUGGGCAUGUGCGGAACCUAUAACAACGACCGAAGCGAUGACUUUGUCACGCCAGCUGGUGUUCGUGUGCCGGACGUUGUACAGUGGGCUGCAUCCUGGAGUGUUCCUGACAACGACCGCACCUGCUGGCACUUCCCAGCCUGCACUGAACAAGAGAAGCAGCGCUACCGUGGCCCCGAGUACUGUGGCGUGCUUGUAGACAAAACAGGACCCUUCGCUAACUGCAGUAAGACAGUCACGCUGGCCCAGUUUCCAAACGACUGUCUCUUCUAUGCAUGUCUUACUCGUGGAAGCCGAACGGCCUACUGCAAAGCCCUUAACAGUUAUGUUAACUCCUGCAUGCUGGCUAAAACACCAGUCUCACUGCAGUGGAAGCAGAUUACUAAAUGUCCAUGAAUAAGACAUUCCUCAAGGCCUUUCUUCAGCAAAAAUGAUCUAAUCAAAGAGGAGGGAGGCGGAGUCCUACUGUCAAUUAACUUCCAUGAAAAACAUUAAUCAUUUUAUUUGCAUAUUAAUUGCUAAGGCAGCAUCAAAUCAGUGAACAGCUUGACAAGUUAUCCCAGCUAAUGGAAUUAAUCUGUUUGUUUCUUUGCAUGAUUCAUCUGUAACCUUUCUUUUUCUUGUUAUUAAAAGCUUGCAUCACCAAUAA